CGCUCUGCGCGGGCGCCGGCGGACUACAUCCCCCGACGUGCCCCGCGCGGCCGGCCUCCAGACGGCAGUGCUAAGCUGUUCCUGAGUUGGAGGAUUCAGUUAUUUCCUGGUUUCGGCCGGCAGCCAUUUUGGGGUUACAGAGAGCUGGUCCAGCGCUGACUGUGUUGUUUUUUUGUUGGGGGGGAUUAAUCCCGGGUGUCUGGGGGAUUUCGCUGCUCACCCGCUGUGUUUUCCAGUGACUCCUUAGCGGCUGUUUCCCCGGGUGAUUUGGAAGCUGUUUACCCCCUCCCCCCCGCUCUCUGUGACCCGUUUUUGCUCGCUUGGCGUCGGGUCUCCCCGUGUUUUUUUUGUUGUGUGUGUUUCUGCAGAAGCCGGCCGUGAGCUCAGUGACAUGUCCAGCAUGAACCCCGAGUAGUAAGUAUCUGCCAGGCCCCCGCUCGGCCCCCAUGGCCAGGCCUCUGUGGGUGAGACGGUGACAUAUUGGGGGGGGGGAGGACUGGGGCCCCCUCUGAUAAUUAACACCUAUAGGCCUUGAUGUAGGAUCCACCUGAUGGCUUUACACCUAUUAUCAUGGGUUUAGGGAGAUUCACAUGUAAUGCUGUCCAGAAUGUCAAAAAAGGGGUGACCUUUAAAAUAAUAUAUAUUAAUGUUUAAUUACCAUUUUUUUUAUUCUUACAGGGUUUUUUUAAUGCAAUAUAUCCAGUAUUAUUUAUUAUGGUAUCUGUCCCCUGUUUAAAUUAAACCUUAUACUGAAGGGUAGGGUGUCAUAGUCUACUUUGGCAUUUGAGAUUCGAUUACUAAUUAUUAGAAAGCACCUAUACCUUCUCUACCACAGUGCAUUAGAUCUUUAAAAAAAAAAAAAAAAAGUCAGGAUAAUUACUAAAGCUUUGUCCUCCUUUUUUUUUUUUUUGUCACACAUGGAAGGGAUGAUGUGUACCAUGUGAUGGCUAACCUUUGGCACUCCAGCUGUUAAGCCCUACAUUUCCUAUAAUACUUAAAACAGGCAAACUGCGGUGGAAAUGACUGGCUGAACAUCAGUGGAAAAGCUGGCCACAUCACCUAUGGGUGAUUAUUAGUGGCAUUUAUUUAGGGCCAACUUAUUCUGCAGCGCUUUACAGUAUUUGGGAGUCCUUAGUGGUUGCUUUUCCUCAAUGAUGUAGGCCAUAAGGUGAGGUUAGUGAUGUAUCGAUGCAUGAUAGUUGUGAAUAGUUCAAUUUAAGGGUGGAUAGGGGUAUUUUGUGGUCCACUAAAGUCAACAGUUGUCAAUUAUAGAAACAUAUAAAGUUUUUGUAUUUAGUAGAUAAGACAAGUGUUUGUGGGAUUUGAACUAGGCCGAUAAAAUUAUGGAGAUAAUAUUGAAUCUAUGCAUUUGUUUGUAAAUAAUUUUAAAUUAUUGUAACCUUGUUAGUAUAUAUGUGUAUAUGACACGUAUUCACAAAAAAUGAACAUUAGACUUUAUAUUUUUAGUUCACUCGUGCUUCAGGGGUAAUGACAAAGAGCAGUGAUGCCUAACUUUGACGCAACCAAAGUUUCUCAUAUUUGCCAUUUUUCUCAGUCAGACCUUGGGUUGGCUGAGCGUCGUAGGAAAUUCUGUACACUGGUAUGGACUCGUUAUCAAAUUCUAGCCUAACGUGAAUGGAAAGCUAUUUAUUUUGUAGUCUUAUGCUAACCUCACAUUGCAUAAAUACACCAUUUAGGUUUGGUAAGAUUUAUCCACGUCAACUGGUAGACGUUUUGGAAAUGGAGUUAUAACUACUAGUGAUCUUUAAAAUAUUACCCUUGGCUGCCCAGAGAUUCCAGUCAGCAAAACAAUAUCUGGAUUGGGAAAUGUAGGAUUUUAGUUGUGAUUAUUAGUAGAUAAGAUCUUGCAUGUGUCAUCUAGGGAGGAUUUCUAUGCCUGAGUUGUCACUGUGGACUAUGCACCAUCCAACACCAAUGUAACUAUUGAUUACAGACCGAAUAGAAUACUAAUGAACCACUGUGAUGAGUUGUAAGGAAACAGAAAGGGAUUUUCAUGUGGUUUCUUAAAUCAUACAGUGCAAAGAAUAGACACCAUUUCAAUACUAGGUGCAGGAGUAACACCUUUCAUUACAAAGUAUCACAAUAUUGUUCUGAAAUCUAAAAUACUCAGCCACUCCAAUUUUGUGAGUAUCUUGUUUUUAUUCAACUAGUAAAGAUUGACCCUGCAACAUUGACACUUUUGUUUCUUUGUCAAGUGUGAGAAAUACACUUGUUUUAACAUUUUCCCAGAUCAAUUUGUAAUGGCUGAAAAUAAAAACUCUCACAUUUACUGAGUUGCAGGGCCAUAAUAUUUCUGCUUUCUUCAGUCUCUCAAAUUAGGCCUGAAUGCCCUUGAAAUAAUAAUUUAGGCAAGAGUUGAUUCAGCACUGAGAUCUUUAUCACAUUUUGUAUAUGUGAUGGCAAAAGAGAUUCAUUGUAGGUUGGUGCUGCUUAAUAUCUUGGAAAAGAACAUUGAGGAUCUGUGAAUGAAUUCUUAGCCGGCCUUCAUUUUAGCAGCAAGUCAUGUGUAUGUCACAUGGUUCUUGCAAAACAGAUAUUACUGCAGAUUUUGCAAUCUCCUGGCAAGUGCUCCUGUUAACACUUCCUGUAUCAAAGUACUUCAGUGUUAGGCCCCACAAAGGGUACAUGUUCCAUAUUUAUUUCAAUGUUUUAAGAAAUCUUGAUUUGUAUGACCACUUACAUGUACUAUUUGUUUUAAAUUAAAAAAACCAAACAAACCAGUAAAUCAGCUGUUUUAAUUACCAGAGAUCAGGGGUUAGAUCAGUUCACUGUUCUCACAUAGCCUGUUUUUCUAGAGUCAGGAGAUUGAUGCUCCUCUCUUUGAUUGGCUUAACGGUCAUUCAUACAAUCUGUUGUGUUCACGUUGGGGAGCUAUCACUAAAUAGUGGUGUUGACUUAAUGAAUUUAGGCUAAAAUAAGUCUCAAAUGAAGAUCAGUCGUAAAUUUUGUUGAUUCUGUAUUUUUCCCAGCUUGGCUAUGUUUGCCUUUAUUCUGCACAUUGGUAAUGAAGUACACAAAGCAUCCUGAGAAAAAUUAUGAAAAAUUUGUUUAAAGGAACUGUUGUUCAGAUUUUUGCUAUUUUUUUUUAUAUAUAUAUAUAUAUAUAUAUAUAAAUCUCCAAGCUUACCUUUUAUCCCAGCACUUAGACAGAUAGCCCAGUCCUGAUGAUUUUUGUCCAAUCAGAGUAUUCCCAUAGAGAAGCAUAGUAAUUAUUCUUAGAAGCAUUGGACACAGUUUCUGGCAUUCAGCAUACAUUACAUGUUGAUGACGAAGAUAAAAUAUGUUCGGUAUUGGAUUCUAUUUGUGUUGGAAGCUCGUAGUUACUGUCUGUUUGAUAACCAUUAUUAGAUGUAGGAAUAGCAAAAUGUACUUGGGACUCCUUUUAUUUGCAAUCCUGUCGCAAAUGCAUCUUUCAUUAUCUAAGGCGAAGUGAUUUUGGUGUGCAGUGUCCCUUUAAUAGAACCCCAAUUUGUUCUGGUGAGUAGAAUCAUUACCUUCAGGCUUUUUGCUGUAAACACUCUUUUCAGAGAAAAUGCAGUGUUUACAUUAUAGCCUAGUGAUAACUCCUCUGGCCACUCCUCGGAUGGCUGUUAGAGAUCUUUCCUGGGUCAUGGCUGCCUAAAAUGCAUCCAAACAUUCAGUAUCUCCUCCCUCUGCAUGCAGACACUGAACAUUCCUCUGAUUGGCCAGGGCUGUGUUUGAAUCAUGCUGGUUCUGCCUCUUUGUCAGUCUCAGCCAAUCCUAUGGGGAAGCAUUGUGAUUGGAUCAGGCUACCACUUCUGAUGAUGUCAGCAGACUGCCUGUUUUUCUGAGUCUAACAGCAUGCAGAGUUACAGCUUCAUGCUUGAAUACAGUAAGAUUUUUACUAUAUUUAUGGAGGCAGGGGGGUUAGAUGGAGGUUUUAACACUAUAGGGUCAGGAAUACAUGUUUGUGUUCCUGACCCUAUAGUGAUCCUUUAAACUUUUCUAUUCAAUCUUAAUGUAAUGCCAAACAAAAUGAAAUAUGCAGAUGUGUUAUGUGCUGAAAAAUAGUGAAAAGUACUAAAAAUGAGCAAUCACUAUGGAAACCAGUGGAAUCAGCUAGCACUUUCUAUUGAUGACUCCUGUCCUUUUACAUCUUUUAAUAAAAUCCCCGCAAAAAGACAGACAUCUAAUGAGGUACAGCAUAUGCAUGGUUUUUUUGAAGCACUAAAUUAUUGAAUUGAGUGGUGUUUCAGUAUUCUUGGAAAACUGGUUACCAUAGUACUUAGAUCUUUUGUAUAGAUCACCACUAUCUCAACCUGAUAGUGUCUUGUGCACCUGUUUGCUGGCAUAUUGCUUAGAAAUUAUUUAAAUUGUGGUUUUGUUCUUUUUUACAAAGUAAUUUGAGUGCUCACCAUGGCUAAAUUUACUGAUGUGUGUUAUGCACGUGGAACAUCCUUCGUGUGAAAAAGUAUGCUUUAGUUAGAACAGGUACCAGCCCAUUCCUUUACAGGCAUUUCUCCAGGAUGCAGUCAUUCAUUAUUGCAGCACUGGGAACAUCCUUCAACAGGAAGUUUAACUGGUGCGACUCAGCAGUCAUGCUUUGCUUUUUACCAGGGCUUGACCUAAGCUAGCUUUGUUUGCAUCUGUUCGUUUAAUAAAAUAAAUUAAAAAUAUAUAUAUUUGUGUGUAUCUAUAUAUUACACACGCACCCACCUGUUUUCUUAUUAAAUAUUUAACACUUUUACAUGAGCCACCGAUCAUUUGCAAAGGGACAAACAGUCCAACCUUCACAAACAUCUAAGCCCAACCCAAGCAAAUUCACUUUGCUUAUCAGAAAAUUGGCACUUUAUAUAUCAUGAAUGCUGUGGGCAGGAAUCACAUUUUAAUUAUCUGUGAUCUAUUUAUUUUGGAAAGUUCAUGUAAACCUGGCCUGUUCCUCUCUGAUAUGUAUUACAUUGGAUAUCCAUUGCGUUUUGGUUUUCAUCUCUCGAUAAUAUUUAAUGCCAAAAAAAGGCUAGUGAAUACAAGGCAUAAGGUAGAAAUGGGAAAGUGUUGUUUAAAACAUAUUACAGUAUAUACUCGAGUAUAAGUCUAGUUUUUCAGCACAUUUUUUGUGCUUAAAAACCCCCACUCGACUUAUACUCGAGUCACUGUCUGUAUUAUGGCAACUUAGAGAGCCGCGGCCGUCAGAGCCAUGGCAACGAUCCGCGCGGCAACCAGACCGCGAGACUUACAGUGGAGCUGACCGGAACGGAGGAGAAGGGAGCUGACAGGAGCUGCAGGAAAGGUAAGUAAAUGCUUCCUGCCGGCCCCCCCACUUCACAGCCCAUGCCAGUGGACCACCAGGGAUUAAGAUAGCCCCCUCCCUGACCAGUUAACAAGCAGGGAGGGGGGACAAAAAAAAUUAAAAUAAAAAAAUAUUAAAAUAAAAAAAAUGUAAAUAAAAAUGCCCUCCCCCCACCCAGUUCACACACUCUGCAUUAUAUACACACUCUGCAUUAUAUACACAGAGUGUGUGUGUAUAAUGCAGAGUGUGUGUUUGUAUGAGUGUGUGUUUGUAUGAGUGUGUGUUUGUAUGAGUGUGUGUUUGUAUGAGUGUGUGUUUGUAUGAGUGUGUGUGUGUAUGAGUGUGUGUGUGUGUAUAAUGCAGAGUGUGUGUUUGCAUGAGUGUGUGUGUGUGUGUGUGUGUGUGUGUAUAUAUAUAUAUAUAAUGCAGAGUGUGUGUUUGUAUAAGUGUGUGUGUGUAUAUAAUGCAGAGUGUGUGUUUGUAUGAGUGUGUGUAUAUAAUGCAGAGUGUGUGUUUGUAUGAGUGUGUGUGUGUAUAUAAUUGUAAAAAUCACAGAAUUUCAUAGCCCCAAGUUUUACCCUCGACUUAUCCACGAGGCAUAGCAUAUUUCACAAUUGUUGGUCACAAAACUGCACUCGACUUAUACAUGAGAUCGACUUAUACACGAGUAUAUACGGUACCUCCAAAACUAUUAGAUUUUGAACACAAUGCAAAGGAUGUGUUUCAUUGUCAGUGGCGAAAGGUUAGCUAUAAACCUUUAAACCUCACUAGGUGCAUAGAUGAUUACCCGUUUCACAGACUUUACAUACCCUCCUAACUACAGCAGUUUGCACUGUGUUUUUUGUUUUGUUUUUUUCCCCGUUUUUUUUCUCUGGGUGACUAAUGGUUAAACUGUAGCUGCUAGCCUACUAACAAGCUCAUUGUUAAAGCUGUGGCAGAAGGUGCAUAGUGGUAAGUGAUCUUGCUUUGAAUAAUUUCAAAUAGAAAUGCAAUGGGGCAGGUUGGCCUGUUGCCUAGCAGUUCUCACUGCUUCACGUUGUUACGGCUUUCAAUAUAGGACUAAAAAAAAAAUGCAGUGUCUCAUGUUAUUAAAAGGAGUGGAAGCUUGAUUACUUAGUGACAUGCCCUACAUAAUCCUAGUUAAAUUGUGUUGUUUACUAAUAUUCAGUGACUUUACCAGCAAUAUCCAAUGGCAACAAUUAGCUCUUUCCAGCCAAUACUGUCCUUAUUCCUGAAGUAACAUGUAAAAUUUCCUGUAAAAAGUUAUUCAGUGAACAUGUACUAAUUCAGCUACGUGAGGUCAUAAAGCGGACUAAUUGUGUGUUUUUUGUUUUUUCUUAUAUAUAUAUAAUAUGUGUGCAUAAUAUAUAAAUGUGUGCAUGUGAGAGAACCUUCAGUAUAUGUUUCAAGUAGAUGUAUAUAUUUAUCUAAAAAAAAAAAAUCAUCAGACAACCACUAGCGGUGCUUUCUGGCGUUUCACUGAGUUUGACUCCGUAAAACGGCGCUGGACAUAAGGACAUCCAGCGUCAGAGAAAACCAUAGGAGAGCUUGAGCAUGUGUUAGUUCUGCACCAUCGGCUGACAUUGGAGGGGGCGGAGCUCAACGCUGAUUAAAAUUCGGCGCUGGAAUCGGGUAAGUGUAUAAAGGGAUGUUUAACCCUUUACAUUGCCUGUGGGGGCUGAGAAACACAUUGGUGUUGGGUAUACAUCGUUGUAUUUCUAACACUAAGGUGUUCCUUAAGUUUAUUUUUUUAAUGGUUCUCUCCGCAUAUCCCACCUUAAACCAAUAUCAAAAAACACAAAUUGACUGUGAUGUGCAUGUUUCACAGUUCUUUUCUGUAACACUUGUAGGCAAGCUUCAUGGAUGAUUUGAGUAGUUUAAAAUUUGGUUGGUUGGUUAAUAAUUUGGCCAAAUCAGUAGAAUAUUUGAAUUUGUGGUGGCAAUAAAAUCUGUACAUUAUAAUUAAAACAACCUUGCAGAUGUGCUCUAAUUGAAGAGGCUUUGCAGGUGUGUAGUAGAUAUGAUAAACCUUCCGACUCAGUCGUACUUUGAGCACUAUAGGUUUAAACUGGGCCAGCACCAUUUGUCUGCUUUUGCUCUUUUGUACAUGAAGCAAAUUGACACAUUUGUUAAGCACAAUCAUGAGUUGGACAGCAAGCAACGUUAAAAGAACUGUUAAUUCUCUAAUUACAGUUUCUCUUCCCUUCAUCCCAGCAAAUGUUGUGGAAGCACUUACUGCAGUAAGUAGUACUGCAGAGUGCAUGCUUAUUUCCACUUGAGUCAGCGAGUCAUGUCUCCCAAAAUUUUUACAGCUGGCUCCUGCAUUAUUAAAAUAAUUGUAUUGAUUACGUAAACCCUAGGGACCCCUUCUUCAUCAUCUGUAAAAGUUAUGUUGUUAAAUAACAAUCCUCCUUUGCAUCUGCAAAGGUACAUGUAAUACAGGGCUCGACAAAUCCCAGGUAGCCAUGGCGACUAGAAAAUUUGUUCUGGCGCCUGGGAUUUAAAGUCCUUUAACUGAAGGCAGGAUGAAGGAACAAUGAAGCCAGCCGGUCACCCUAAGGAGCAUGGAGGAAGAUCACUGCUCCCUCGCACACAGGAAUAGCAGCUCCACUGGACCCCAGGGAAAGUCCACUCAGCUCUCCCAAAGGUAGGGAGGCUGGAUGGAUUAAAAUGGAAAAUGUCAAUUUGUGUGUAUGUAUCUCUGUCAGUGUGUUUUUAGGUACCUGCACCCCUCUGAUCACGAGAGAGUUGCUUUUACUCACCUUCUCUCCCAUGUAGUGCCAGUUUUCCGUGGCAUGUCCUGCCUUCCUGGCUGAGAUAAUCAAUCUUUAAAAUCUCAGCUAAAUCAAUGCUUACCUAUAGGAAAGCAUUGGGAGGAUAUUGCGCAUGUUCUCUAUGGGUUACAUUCAGCACGUCCAUGCAGAGCGUGGAGACGCUGAACAAAGGUGCUGCAUACUGUGCAGCACUAACACAGGACUCUCUAGUGGCUGUCUGAGUGACUGUCACUAGAGGUUUUACUAGGUAGCAAUGUAAACACUACCUUUUCUCUGAAAAGGCAGCAUUUACAUUGAAAAGGCUACAGGGACAGGCUAUAGGCACCAGAACAACUACAUUAAGCCGUAUGACACUAUAGUGUCCUUAUAAGAAUUGUAUAUUUUUCGUAAAUUAAACUUGACUAGUUUAAAAAAAAAAAAAAAAACUGGCUCCUAGAUUCCAAAAAAAUUUGUCAAGUCCUGAUGUAAUAUAUACAUGUAUGUUCUUCUUAGUCUUUAGUAUUAUGUAGAACGUUUGACACUUUCCUUGGAGACUGACCCAGAAACAGGAAAUACAAUCUGUUAUAUUUUAGUCUCAGUUGGCUUUUGUUUAGGAUUUUAAAAAGGCAAAUACUGACUGUUGAGGUAUAUUCAGAGGUGUGGGCCUCUCUAGUGAUUCUGAUAAUGCUGGAGCAUCUCGGCAUUUGUCAUGUAGUUAGAUUUUGUCAGGCUGAAUUUUCUAAAUUGUGCUUUUAACUCAUGAUACAGAUAUGUGUUGCAGAAGGGAAAAAACAAACUCAAUGUAUAAUUAAGCUAGCUUUGCAUGCAGUUUGUAGAGUUGGACUGGGCUCUUAAUUAGUAGUUAAAUAACUGCCUUUGUUUUACUUUUAAAUUGUUGCUUGUUUGUUGAAAUAGUGUGGGUGAUUCCUAGAUAUAUAUGUAAUAUCUAGAUCGCAUAAAUAUAGCUGUGCUGUUUGAGUACUUAUAUUAAUGCUGUGCACGUGUCAAGGUUUUUUUAAUCGGUGACUUAGUGUGUGUGUGUGUGUAUAUUUUUUAAAUAUACCGCAAACCUUUCUAGUUGUUGUUGAUACAUAUAUAUCUAUAUGCAUGUGCAGAGAGUUGAAUGAAUUUGGUGUAGUUUUGCUCUGGUUCUGAAAGCUAAACAACUUGCAAAUAUCUUAAUUAAAGGAACAGCCCAAGCUCCAUAACUACUAUAGUAGUCAUGGUACCUGCACCCUCCACUGUAAGAAUUCUAACCAUUUUAGGAAUGGUUUGACAACUUAUGUGGGGUUCGACAGUCAUCAACUCCUCUAGAUCCCAAAACUCCUGUAACAAUCUUUAGCUGGCUUGCAUGAGCCGUCUUGGCUGAGAAUAUUGGCAGAGUGCUCUGUCUAAGCACUGCAUACUAAGGCAAGAUCACUGCAGGAGGAGGGGGCAGCCAGGACCCAUCAAACCCCAGGUAAGUUGUCAUUUUAAUGCUUUGACUACUUACCUUGGGAUAGCAUGUGGACACAAUAACAGUAGUGGGCUGUGGUGGUGAUGCUUGUUGGAGUAUCCCCAUAAAAAAACAAAAGAAAAAUGAAGCUGUUGUACCACCUAAUAUUAGACCGGACAGUUUUUGCAUUAAAAAAAGCCCUACUGAGUUAAUGUAGCUGUAUGUCUUUUACUUGUGGCUUGCAGUCUUGUACAUCUACAGAGCACUUGAAACCUGCCAUUUUCACUGAAAGUUUUGAAUCCUAUUCACUUGUGUGAAAGGCAGAUUUGUGUCUGCUCUGUACACUUACAUGGCUAUUGAAGCGCAUUUGUCACGGUUUAGGGUCUUUGCAUAAUUUGCAAAGAACCCACAUGGUGACAUUACCUCUCUGGGGGGGGGUGGGGGGCAGGCAAAGGUGAUAUUUACUUACCUUGACUAUGUCCCCUGCAUGCACCGGCACCUUCUUCCUGUUGCUGUUCUUUAGGUCCUGGUGCUUCAGCCUCCAUACCAAAGAGCUAAUUUCACUACAGCUGUCACUGGGGGAAAUGACCAGGCUUGGUGCAGCAGCUCUGCCUUGUGUCAAGCUUUGUCAGGCGAAGAAAUAAUACUGAAACAAAGUAGUCCCUACUGUCUUAGUAUAUCUUUUGUUUGGAAUUUCAAUGAAAUUGCAACAGUCAAUCUGAGAAGGUCAUAAAGAUUUUCUUUUCUGAAGUACUCAUUUUGAAGGGUGGGCUGUGACAGUGCUGCUUUAACCCCUUACGGACCAAACUUCUGGAAUAAAAGGGAAUCAUGACAUGUCACACAUGUCAUGUGUCCUUAAGGGGUUAAAUUAAAGGACCACUAUAGUGCCAAGAAAACAAACUUGUUUUCUUGGCACUAUAGUGUUAAUAGGUUCCCCCCCCCACCCUCAUGGCCCCUCUCCCACCAGGCUCUAUGGGAAGGAAGGGGUUAAUCACUUACCUUUCUCCAGCGCCGGGCUCUCUCGGCACUGGGGACACUCCUCCCUCUUCUGCCGAAUGCUCAUGCGCGGCAAGAGCCACGCGCGCAAUCAGUCAGUCCAUAGGAAAGCAUUCUCAAUGCUUUCCUAUGGACGCUGGCAUACUCUCACUGUGAGAAGCGCCUCUAGCGGCUGUCAACCCUAAUGUAAACAUAGAAGUUUCUCUGAAACUGCUAUGUUUACAGCAGGCAGGGUUAUCCCUAGAUGGAUUUGGCACCCAGGCCAUUUCAUUGAGCUGAAGUGGUCUGGGUGCCUAUAGUGGACCUUUAACCUUCUAACUACUGCAAUGAUUGCUGUUCAUCAUAGUGGUUAUGGUUAAAAGGAUCUCCUGGAAUGAAAAGCCUAACCAAUCUGCAGUUGCUCAGCUAUAAUAGAGUAGGGAACGUCUGCUUUAGCCUGUCCGGCUUGGGCUUAGAUAGCUUGGCUGUCAUAUGCCUAUGCGGCACUUUUGAAGGAAUGCUGGAGAACGAGUAUGUUCUCCUGCAGCAUUUCUCAGCAUAUGCCAAAGCCCUUAAUCUUUGUAUCUUGAGUUUAAGAAUAUAGUCCUGGUUGUUUGUCACUCCGUUUUUAUCACGUAGUGCUAGCUAUACCUAUUCUAGCAUUUCUAAUGUCUCAUAAAACUUCUAUUUUGACUAAGCUGAAAAGAGUAUUGCCAUUAACAGGUCAUUUCAGAGUUAGCUUAUCAGCUGUUUAACACAUCAUGCAGAGGAUUAUUCUAUCUAUUGGACAAAAAUGCUUACAUUUGAAUGUCCCUCUUUGCAAAGUCCAGACCCAUGCCCUCUAUCAGUAUAGCGAAGAAUGAAAACUUCUUGUCCAGGCCCUGGUCUGUCAGAACUUUUUAUAGAAGAAUUGGUGAACAACCAGUACCAUGCAAAGUCAUAUUCACUAACUCUUCAUAAAAAGCACUGAAAGAUUGAUUUGUAAGUAAAACUGAAAGCCAGUGUGUAUGGAAUAGGGUCAGAUAAGCAGUUUUCAUUUAUUUCUGUUGGUAAUUAAGAGACUGAGGAUUAGGGCUUGAUUGGUUUUCUUAUUCUUUAUGACGGAGCAACUUUGAGCAUUCAUAUAAAACCAGAUAUGGUAUAGUACCAUGAACUUUAUGUAACAAAGUUGUCCUGGUGUCUGGCGUGUUUCUUUUAGACCUGUGUAGAAUUUAUUCAAGAAAUAAACACUUUGCAUUUUCUUCCUGCUAUGUUAUAAUGCCGCUCCUUAUUUAGUUGUAGGUGCGUAUUGAUGGAGCUUUUUAAUUUGGGGAUCUUUAAGUGAUCAAAAAGGCAUCAUUAUGAAUAUAGACGAGUGAUUUAAAUUAUUUACUGGUGGCAGACUGUCGAACAAGUCAGCUACACAUCACCUGAUGCUGUAAGGCUCGCCUUAUGUUUAAUAUCCUGUGAUCUACAUAGAAUUUGGCUGCUGUCCACCAUUGUAAGUUAUGCCCCAUUGGUAGUGUGGUAGGAAAGAGGCUAUUGGGUUAGGUGCGUUUCUUAACAUUCUGUUUCAGGACAAUGUAGCACUGUCCGCAUAUUCUGUAACUUAACUGUCUACAGUUCAGUGUGUGUGUGUAUGUAAAUAUAUAAUAUAUAUUGCUAAAUACAAAUACACACACCAGUCAAGCUAUAAGACUUUAUUUUCCCACAGAAAUCUCACUUUAACAGUGCUCUCAUUACUGCAAGGGAUUCUGGGUAGGUGUAUGCAAAUGAGCUCAACAAAGAACCAGUUUUGCCUCACAAUUCCACUUUACACAUGGAUUCCUUGGCGUAUGUGUCUGCUGUAUACCCUCAAGAAAGAAAUCUGUUCCUGAGGAAUAGGUUUACUUUAAUUAAAGUCUGCCAGAAAUGCAUGACUUUUCAUAAUUGCAUAGUAAUUUAGGUUGGACAUAAGACCCAAGCUCAUCAAGUAAGUUAAAUCUCCCAUUUUGCGGCUAAUGCAAGAGAGGCAUAAACCCUUAAGGACACUCCAGGCACCAAUACAACUGUAAUGCAUUUGUUAUAUUUUGGUCUUUGCCUCGUAAUUCCACUUCAUACAUGGAUUCCUUGGAGUAUGUGUCUGCUGUACACAACAGCUUUGAAACACAACUCAGGAAGAGGAGCAAAGCCAGUCAACCACUCAUGGACACCUGUUUCGUUUUUUUUUCUCAUUUAUCUUUUUUAUUGAUGCAAAACAAAGGAUCAAACAGUUUGCAGCGCAGUUCAAUUUCGACAUGCCAUUUCAAUCACAGGCGCAGCUGUGGAUACCAUAUUCCAAAGAUUUGCCCCACAUAUUCCUCGUGCAAGUCUGGAGUCUUUUUAUCAUUAGGAUGGUAUGACCAUGGACUUUCCGCACCGAGGAGCGUUUAUAUCAUGUGCUAUGACUUGUCCUACGUUCGUGUUAUGUGUCGGUUCGGUGUGGGUAGGAACAGCUGCUUGUGUUACACAUCUGUUACGCUAGCUGCAUUGCAAUAGUUUAUAACUUUUAACUAGGGGAUGGGGAUGGGGUACAGAAGAAAAAGAAGGGGUAUGGGGGUGCCCUGGACAAUAGAUAUUGCAUUUUGUAGUGAUUUGUUGAAUGUGACCCUAAGUGUGAUCCUGUUGCCCCUGAUCAGCCUUUUAACUCUCAGCCGGCCAGCUGCUCCAUUCUCUGUCAUAUCUCUCACUACAGCCGUUUGCUCUGCUUGCCAUUUUUUCAUAUUGGCUAAUCAUGUCCAUUCUGUUAUUGAUAUUGGUUGCGGCUGGUGUUUGAUUGCUCUUCCAGCUGCCUGACAACAUUAUUUUUGCUACCGUGAGUAUGUUAAGAAUUACUUUUCUGUGUGGAUGGGAGGCAAUACCGGGUGCUAUGUGGAGAAUGUAGUGUUCUGGCUUCAUGGGUAGGGUGAACCCUGUUUUAUCUAGUAUGAGGGAGUGAACUUUUUCCCAGUAGUCUGUUAAUAGGGGGCAGGCCCAGAAAAUAUGGAUUAUGGUUCCCUCACUUGUGUUGCACCUCCAGCAUUUCCUGGACGUGCCCAGGUACAUGUGUGCUAGUCUUUGUGGUACCAGAUACCACCGCAUUAAAACCUUGCAGUAUGCUUCCCAGAUCGCAAGGCUUUGCGAAGCCCGUUUUGUGAUUUUCAGUGCUGUCAGCCAUUCUGCCCUGGGGAUCUGGAGUCCCAGGUCCCCUUCUCACUGUGUCAUGUAUGACAGCUUAUCAGGUGUUGUCGCGGUGAUCAGUGUUUUGUAGCAUGCUGACAGUGGCUUUACGUGCCUGGUGGAGAGUACCUGUGUCGUUGUUGUUAGGCGAGGUGUGAAGGAAUGACUGGUGAGUUUGCGGAUGUGCGAGUGUACUAUAUUUUUUACUGAGGUAUAGAAAGAUAUCCCUCGCUGGCAAGCGUAGAUCUUUUUGCAGAUCUGGAAAUAGCUUAACCUUGUCUCCUUCUAAGAUGUCCCGGACCUUAUGUGCACCUCCCUCCCUCCAUCAAUCCAUCUUCAGGUCAGGGGAGAAUAUUUCUAAUGUUGUCAGGGGUGCUGAUUGGAAGAGCGAUUUGGGGUCUACUAUGUGUGGGCUCCAUUUAUUCCAGGCCAUCAGUAAGAACUUUGUGCUCUGCAGCUGUUUUCCCGUCGCCACUCGUGUUUGCCCCCCCGCCCAUAGAAAGCUUGACAAAUUGUGGGUGUUCAGACAGGCACUCUCCAUUGCUAACCAUAUGGGGCGUCGGGGUGUGCGUGUGGGGCGCAAUAGACGGAGUCCCUGUGCUAGAGCGGACGCCUUGUAGUAAGCCUUAAUGUCUGGCAUAUUCAGUCCCCCAUGGAGUUUAGAUAUUGUUUGAGUGGUUUGAUGGUGUAGGAUGAGGGAGUUGUCCCUAUAGUACAAACAGUGCUUGUGAAUCAUCUGAUUUACUCCGGGCCUCUUCCUGUAAGCUUCUCCCAUCCUCACACAUUGAAAAAUUGAAGUGGAGUUCCAUAGUUUUCAGCUUUUAUACUUUGCCUUUAGAGCUGGUAUGCUAGAUGGGUGGGACAAUGAAUUCUCUAUGUGAAGAAUUUCCUUCUAGCAUUCCUUACAUUCUUUAGUCAAGAUGUACCUGGGUAAAAUAGAAAGUGUUUCUGAUACUUAUUACUGACAAAUCUAAACUGUUGGAGGUAUUAAACAUCCUAGAUAUUUUAUUAACUAAAUUAUGAAAUUAUAUUGUAAUAAUCUUAAAAUUACUUUAAAAGGAGAAACUUGCCCUUUAAAAAUUGUCCAUUCUUAUUGCGGCAAAUAUAAAUGUAUAGCAAUACAGCGAUUCUUGGAUCAUGUAUCUACAGCUUUUAUAUUGCUGCAGGUUUUGCGUUUCUUUCAGAUGUGUCAAACUCCAUAACUAUUAGUUUAUUGUUUUUGCAUUUAUUUUAUUUAGCAGUAUUCAGAAAGGCAGGAGCUCGCAAAGACUGAGCUAUACAUACAAACCAUCAAAGACACAAUGUGCUAUAACAGUAAUACAUGGCAUUAAAGCAGCUCUGUCAUUCAAUCAUUCACGUGUCCACCAGCUUAUGUAUCCCUCUUGCAAGCCCCUCUGAUCCGCUCCACAACAUUUGGUGAUCCCGACACCGGUGCGUCUUAAAUUUGAUUCCAUUGUGCUGGUCUUGCUGGGUCUCCUUCCUCUGUGUCACCAUCUCAUAGUUUCCAAUAUGGCAGCCAAGGGCAUGCAUGUGAUACCAGUACAUAGUAUCAGAACAGACCGUCAAUGAUUCACUGCUGCUUGGAAGGAGGUGAGUAACAAAUUGACAGCGUAUGACAGAACUUGACACCGGAUGUAUAGCUAAACUAAAUCUCCACCCUUUUUCAAGCUGCAGGUUAUAUAUAAGAAAAAAUAGUCCUUACUUUACCUUAUGUUGAACUUAAAACAUUUAAAAAAGAAUUUGGACAUUAAAAAAGUGACCUCUGCUUUAGGAUGCAGACAAAUUAAGGCAGUUUACAGCUACACAUCAGGAUUUGCUUUCACAGUCUGUUAACUGAAGAAAUAGUUAAGUUUGAUACUUAUUAGACAUCAUUUAAUUGAAAUGAAAUUGCAAUCCUUUUGUUUUAUUGUAACACAAGUUACACAUUUAAUUAAUUGGCCCCUUUUUGCUUUGCUUUUAGGGAUCACAGAUUAUUGGAUGGCACAGCUUUCAAAUCCCCUCUAAAUGAUAUUAAGACAACUAGCAGCCCCAGCACCUAAGUACACAUUUCCUAAGAAAUUUAGAGAACACGUAGAUUGAUAUAAUCUACAUUAAAAUCCUUUUGUGUGCAUCAAUCUUUGUCAUAAAGAAAACAAAAAAUUAAAAGUUACACAUUUAAUAUACUCUCCAUCUAAACUGUUUGGGUUUAUUUAAUCGUAUUGUGGAAAACCUCCCUUAAGUUUCUCUUGCACAACUGUAUAUAUCUCCAACACAUUACAAAUUCUUAAAAUAUUUCAAAUUUUAUUGAUGACCAGCCAGCUGGAGGAAGCACUUUUCUUUUCGGCUCAUCCUUAACCCCUUAAGGACCAAACUUCUGGAAUAAAAGGGAAUCAUUACAUGUCACACAUGUCAUGUGUCCUUAAGGGGUUAAGAAUAAUAUGUAUAUGAAGAUAUCAUCUCUCAGCAUCUUUGUCCCAUCUUGCUUCACAUAAUUUGAAUUAAAUGCUAUUCUCCAUGAUUCUUGUGCAGCUACUUUGGCCUUACAUUUGAAAUUUCCUUUGAAUUCCUGACCAUUCUUUAGUAAUCUGUAAAAACAGUAACAAGUUUAUUUGGUUUUGGCAUCUAUUUCUUCAGGUAAAAUAUAUACUGGAAUAAUCUAUUAUGUAUUUCAUAAUGUUUUAUCCACGCACUUUUAGAGUUACUCAUACACCUACUCAUUUGAUUGCUUCCGGUGCAGCAGUAACUGCAUCAUCUUAAUUCACGAUAAUAGAACUCCUCACUACUCUGAUUCAGAGUAAUUAUUUCUAGUCAUUGGUAUCCUGCUGUGGACUUCUUUCAGCUGUCAUUCUCAGAUGGCAAGUUUCUUAUUUUUAAUCUAGAAUGCAUUAUUUUCUCAACUAGAAAAGGCCAGUGUCACAGACAUGGAUAUGCUUAAUUUAAGUUUCCCCACUUUGGACAAAAAUGUGUGAUUUACUUGUUAGUCCUCUACAAUUUGUGGUUUACUAAAUAACCCUCCUUGAUUUUGGAGUUCCUAAAAUGCACUGCAUGUUUGUUAAUGGCAGAGAAGCAAUGUAUGCUUCUGAGUUGUGAUGUUAGGUGGUAAAUAGAAAUCCUUAGAAGAACACUCCAUUUAAGAGUGUUUUUUUUUUAUUUUUUUAUUUAGUAUAUUUAUUCGCAAAGAAAACAUGCAUGUAGAGGAGGGUGGGCAGGGAAAGGCAAUUCUGGGAUUGGAUACCUGUUGUCAGCAUGCUGUGCGUGCAGCCGUCCAAUAUGCACAUAAACGAUAUUAGCCAGUUUGGGACUUUUGUUCCACAUUAACUAAUGACACCCCAAAGAGGCUGCUAGAGGUGGCGAUACACCUUUGGCAUUAAAGGUGUUAAACUCUGCAUGUGCAGUACUUCAUAGCGAAACACCGCACAUACAGACUCCAGGUACCAUAACCACUUUAAAUCACUGAAGUAGGUAUGGAGCUUGCAGUAACGCUUUAAAAGAAAAUCAUAUUAAAGGUUAACACAGUCUUAUUUAGUUCUUAUUUCCAGAGAAUUGACAGUGCUCCUUAAAGGGACACUAUAGGCACCCAGACCACUUCAUCUUAUUAAAGUGGUCUGGGUGCAGUGUUCCUGUCCUUUUAAUUUCUUCAUUGCAGAUUUAAGGGAAAUUGAAAUGUUUAUAUUAAAGUGUUAAGAUUGCCCCUAAAGGCUGUCUUCUAGACAACCACCAGUUUAAUUCUGUGAAACGACACGUGACAUCACGCGUUGCAUGAGUAUGUCCAGCGUCCUCUAAAUCCACAUGGGAGUGUAUUGAUUCAGUGCUUUCCUAUGGGGAGUUUUUAACACUUAAAUUGCUGUGGCGGGCGGCCUGGGAAGAGGAAUUGAUGUGCCCCUUUUGCAGGUACUACUUCUAAAAAGAAAAGUUGCCUGUUUACAUGCCAGUUUUUGCCCUUUGGCUGUCAAGGAGAUCAAAUUACUUUAUACUUGCAGAUUGACUUGGCAACACAGGUUUUUCUACCUCCAGAUUUCUAUUCCAUAUAUCUGAAGAAUGUGAAGGACUAAUAAAAAUAUUUUUAUAUUUUUGCGUAACAACUGUAAGUGGGUCAUUAAAAGAGCAUUCUAAUUAAAAUAAAUAAAAAUAAAAUUGGGACAUAAUUAUAUAUUAUUGAAUUUAUUUAUCUCAAGGCUAGAUGCAUGACGAUUGCAAAAUGUAAACAGCAGGGGCAUUAUCUAAUACAUCUAAUACAAGUAAUUUUAGGGCUUUGUCACAGGCUUUGUCAAAAUGCAAAGGAAAAACAUAAAUCACUGUUUAGUCAAUAUACACACUUAUGAAAACCUCUUAAAAAAACAUUCCUUUGGGUGUAUGUAUGAAAGCAGCAGAUCUCUUGUCUGCAGACUUUACAAGCCCUCCCAUUCUAAGCCAGCCAAGGCUUUCUAUGGCUGUCCAAUCACAGACUUCCCAAUGUGGCUCAAUAAGAAGUCUUUGCAAGAUUAGUGCUCUAUUCAAGUGCCUGGCUUUUACAUUUACUCCACUGAGCUAAACAAAGGGGUAGUAGGAACAUGACCAUUAGUCUGACAGCUAGGGAGUGUAACAAGGUUAACUUUGAAAUUUUCACUUUUUUUAAAAUGAAAGAUGACACACUGUUUACAUGUAUUUCAGCAAGCUAAAGUUUGUGAGGAGUGUCCCUUUAAAGUGGACAGUUUUUUUUGUCCAGCACUUACAUCCUCAUGAAGUUGCUCAUGAAAUAAACAAGGGCUCAACAAAUCCCAGGUCGCCAUGCUGACUUGGGAUUUUGCCCUGGUGCCUUUUUUUUUAUUUUUUAUAGCCCAUUCAGCCACCAAGGUGCCAGCUGAGGGAGAACAGAGGCAGUUGGCUCCGGGAGAGCAGAGUCCGCAAGGUAGCGUCAUCUUCCUACUCUGCUCCCUCACGCGUUCUCCAGUGAUGCCGGGAGUCGGAAUAUGAAGUCCCUCUGGCCCUGGCAUCACUAAACAGCGCUCUAGAUAGCAGAGCAAGAAGAUGACAGCAGCCCCACUAGAGCCCAAGGAAAGGAUCCGCUCCAGCUCUCCCAAAGGUAACAAGACUGGGUAGAUUUAAAUAAAAGUAAAAAAAAAAAAAAAAAACGAUUUGUGAAAGCUAGAGAAAAAUGUUAGUGUUGCAGUAUCAGUAUGUGUCUCUGUCAGUGUGUCUAUUAAGAGUAAUCUGUGCCAACCCAGUGCUUUCCCAUAGGAAAGCUGCUAAGCGUGGAGACACUGAACGUAGGUGCUGCACACUGUGUAGCACUAACCCAGGACGCACCUCUCGAUGCAGUCUGUCACUAUAGGUGUUACUAGGCAGCAAUGUAAACAGGCAGUGUUUACAGUGAAAAGUGUGCAGGGACAGGCUAUAGUCAUCAGAACAACUAGCUUAAACGGGUGGUUCUGUUGACUAUAGUGUCCCUUAGAGAAUUGUAUUUUUGACGUUGUAAAACCUCCUAGAUUCCAAGCAAAUUUGACAAUUCCUGCAAUAAACAAUGGUUAUUGCAGAAUAUGUAUUUAAAAACAAACCCUGCCCUCCUUAGCUCUGUUCCUUUUGUCUCGCUUGCAAGAUGAAGUGAGAGGCCCCAACAAGAUAUUUUUUUUUUUUUUAUAAACGUCUGUGCAAUUUAUUUCACAUUAUAGUGAGUGAGGCCACUUGUGCAGCAUGUUCACUCUGGAAGGGGAGGGGCAAGUGUUGUAUUGAUUUGUGCAAGCUAUCAGUUUAGACUUUCAAAUGUAUGAGCUUCUGCUUCCAGCCCCACUAAAUGUGACAUGCAAGACCACUUUCUGGGUCAAUGUGACAGUCAAGUAUGCAAAGAAAAUAGCCAUGUGUGUACUACGAAAUAGUCUUGUAAAGUGGCUAUGGGCACUGUAAUUGCUUCAUGUUGUCUCAAGUCCCCUGGCACCAAAUUUCUUUUUAGUGUUAAACCGUUUUAAUGUUUAAAUGCUAAACAAGGGUCCCCAGCAGUAGUUCUCCUCUGUAUUGGUUAGGCUAAUGAGAGAGAUUUAGCCUCAGCAGUGAGGGUGGCGAUUGGCUGAGAUUAUCUGAUUGAAACUGCCCAUUUCUGGUAUGGAUUGGUAUUUGUAAAGGGAGACACUUGACCCCUAAAGCAUGCCAGCUUGCUAAAGUGCUUUACGUGUGAAGAAUGUUUUUUUUUUUUUUUUUUUCUUCAUUUCCUUCAUUCCCUCCCUCCUCAAGAGACAGAGAUGCAUUGUACAACUAUAUCACAAUGAGGACCAUUCAGCACAUAAUGGGACACUCCUCUAAUGGCUGUUUGAGGUACAACUAUUAGAGGUAUCUUCAGACAGAAAAUAGUGUUCAUAAAUCAGAGGGUGCAGGGACAGGCUCUCUAAAUCAAAACCACCAAAAUAAGCUUUAGUGGUUCUGGUACUUUGAGUGUUCCUUUAAAGCACUGCUUGUUACAAAAACUAUCAUAAUGUUUCCUUUGUACUUGAGUCAUAGGUCUCUGAUAGUGUUUAGAGUAGACUUUGUUCUGUGCAGUGUCAUAAAGCAUAAUGUUUUCACAUAUCCUCAAGCUAUAUUACACUGUGCAUUCCUUUAAUGACAUCACUGAAAUCAGAUUUGUUUGGCCAUGUUCAUGAUUUUAAAACGUGUGUAAAAAUGUUUACAAUAUUUUCAAUAUAGCCAAUUGUGUUUGACUGCAUCUCAGUAGAAUCCCAGCUAGAUGAACACAGGCUUGCUAUCAAAAGUAGUGUACAACACUGGGGAUGUUUUAUUUUAUUUAUUUAAAAAAAAAAAAACAUUCACAUGCAAUGCUGUAUAUGCUCUUGUAUUGUACACAGAUGAGAAUUACGUUCUAUUCCAUCGGUUAUAAACUACUAAGUGAAGGCAUAGUAUACCGUACAGGAAUAUUGCCUAAGCAACUUAAAUGGACACUCCAGGCGCCCAGACCACUUCUGCCCAUUGGAGUGGUCUGGGUGCCAACUCCCACUACCCUUAACCCUGCAAGUGUAAUUAUUGCAGUUUUUUUAUAAACUGCAAUAAUUACCUUGCAGGGUUAACUCCGCCUCUAGUGGCUGUCUGCUAGACAGCCACUAGAGGACACUUCCUGCUCUAUAGCACAGAAAACCUGUGUGAGGACCUCCAGCGUCGCUCAAUUCCCCAUAGGAAAGCAUUGAAAAGCAUUUUCAAUGCUUUCCUAUGGGGAGCUCUAAUGCACUUGCGCGGCAUUGCCACGCAUGCGCGUAUGGUCUCCCCGGCCGGUGGGCGGGAUCAGUCUUGCCCACCGGCCGACGUGAUGACUGGGAGGAGGGACAUCGGCGGGGUCUCAGGUAAGUGACCUGAAGGGGUUUUCACCCCUUCAGCUACCGGGGAUUGGGAGGUGGGAGGUAGAGGGGACCUGCAGUGCCAGGAAAACGGAUUGUUUUCCUGGCACUGGAGUUUCCCUUUAAGACUGUUAUAUUUGAAAGCUGCACUGUCACAUUUUCUGAUGUUUCUUAAAGAUGAAAACACCAUGAAUCUUUCAUUGACACUUCAGCACAAUCGGUUACGUAAGACGAAGUAGGGAAUGCCUUGUUUUAUGGUAAAGUGUGAUGUUGGCAGUGGUUGACAAAAGGUGGCGCUUUCAUGUCAAUUAAUUUCCCACAACCUUCACUAGUGAUAGCUGUUGAAGAGGCAUAUUCUUAAAUAUUGCUCAAGUUGCUCUUUGGAGCAUAUUGUGGGUUUGCCCAUAGAUGCCAAAAAUAUGAAGACUGCAUCGCUUUACCUUCUAGUAAUGUGUAAAUGUUGCAUUUCCAAGAAAAUAUAUUGUAUUUUAGAAGAGGUGUUAGUUUUUUUUUUUUUUUUUAAAGCAACAUUUUACUGUGGGGUAUUUAAAGCUUGAUUCCUAAAACUAUUGUCCCCACCACCCCUUGGCAGGUUUAGAGUGAACUCGCCUUAUUUCGCCUCCUCUAACAUCGUGAGGGGGAGCCGCGUGCGUGCAUUCAUUAGGCCGUCCCAAUAGGAAAGAAUUGAAUUAAUGCUUUUGAUUUGCACAGCGGGAGGACGUCAGUGUAGUAUCACGGAGUUAAACUCUGUGAAAUAGCAGAAAGCAGAAGUAGUGGCUUUCCUGUAGACAGCUAAGAGAGACUGUAUUUCCCCUGCAAUAUAAACAUUGCCGUUUCUCUGAAACAGCAAUAUUUUAGUUUGAGGGUUAAGGGUACAGAGAGAGUGCACACAGACCACUUGAGAUGGUGUGUUCUGGGUGCCUAUAGGGACAACACUAAAUGAAACAUUUUUAGUAUAUUGUGCAGUAGUUUUGAAUAUAAAAAACCAAAACCCUCCUCUCCAGUAUGCAAACUAGAACAGCAGAGGUUGAAAGUGACAUUGCUGCUUAUUCACCUGCUUGCUUUAGUUUGAGUAUUUCACUUCAUUAGAUUUGACAGGUCUGUCCCACAUUGCUUCUCCAGCUUUAAUGCUACAAUACAUGUACUUUUUUGCUAGCAUCUCUUAAGAGCUUGAAUAAAUGUUCAGUGUUUGCCUAAUAAUUCUACAGUUAAAGGGACACUAUAGUCACCAGAACAACUACAGCUUAUUGGAUUUGUUCUGGUGAGAAGAAUCAUUGCCUUAAGGCCUUUUGCUGUGAACACCAUCUUUUCAGAGAAAAUGCAGUGUUUACAUUACAGCCUAAUGAUAACUUCACUGGCCACUCCUCAGAUGGCUGUUGGAGAUCCUUCCUGGGUCAUGGCUGCCUGAAAUGCAUCUAAACAUUCAGUGUUUCCUUCCUCUGCAUGCAGACACUGAACUUUCCUCAUAGAGAUGCAUUGAUUCAAUUCAUCUCUAUGAGGAGAUGCUGAUUGACCAGGGCUGUGUUUGAAUUGUGCUGGCUCUGCCCCUGAUCUGCCUCUUUGUCAGUCUCAGCCAAUCCAAUGGGGAAGCAUUGUGAUUGGAUAAGGCUACCACUUCGUAAUUCUAGUCACGGGCUCCCAAUUUACAUUGUUCAAAACGUAAUAUACAUGUUCAUUAUGUAAAGCUUCCUUCUAAUUCUGAAUGGUUUUUAUUGGCACAGGACAAAUUACUAUACAAAUUGUCAAGACUUAUUUUUAUUGCAGGAAGUGUUUCAUUGCUUUUCUGAUGCACCCUAGAUGCUAGACUUUGCACUGUCUAUAGUUUAGUGUUAAGUUGUACAUACUGCUGUCAAAACGUGUCUUCUGUUUUUACAUUUCUGGCAUUUGCAAAGCACUGACCUAGAUGUGUUUCUUUCCAAAGCAUAAACUUGAAAAGUGGCGUUCAACAUUUUUUUGUUUUUGUUCCACCAUCAAUUAUGCUGUAAGGCAGUAACCAGCUGAACCUGGAUAUUUUUAGAUUUGCUUUCACAAAAAUGACUUUCAUACGAAAAUGUGAAUGAGUCUUUUUAGAAGACAUGAGAGUUCUUAGUCUUUGUAUUUGCUUGCUAGGGUCCACUCCGCAGUGAUUUCCCUGCAGGUGAUGGGGCCUCUUUGUGGCCAUGGUAACUUUGUUGCACCUCAUUAUUCUGACAUAAUGCCUUUUGGGUAGUGCAUAAUGGUGAAGCCUCAUUCUUUAACAGCUGCUCUACUAUGGCUGUUAUUUCUCAUUGAGAAUGGGGGCACUGUACCCAAACAUGUAUUUCAACCUUUGUUGGAUAGGAGUAAAGUAAGAGGUUUUUCUUCCUGAAUUGGUUGGUAUUGUAAGGCUUUUGUCUAAUUCAAUUAAUACUACCGGUAUGAAUUUCACACUGGGAUGUAGUAUAAUGUGCUAGGUUUACCUCUUGUACCCCACUAUGGCUGCAUAUUCCUUCUAUGUUACAAAAUUAUUCACACAAUGAUGGGAGUAGCCUCCAGUUUACUUAUAUAUUGCGUUAAGUGGUUGUUUUUUUUUUGUUUUUUUUUUAUCCCAUACUCUUGUUCAGAGUUGCUUAUGUAAUGUGGAAUGUAGCCUUCAGCUGCAGUUCAUAUAGGAUGAGUGGAACUCUACAAGUCAGUGACUGCCUUGCCUCAGCAGUAGUUAAUUAUACAUAGCCCAGUUCAUUUUGUGAAUAUAACUUUGUGCAGUGAGACCCAGAGCUGCCAGCUGCAUAGAGAGGAAAUGGGGUAGAGGUGUGUGUGUGUAAUAUAUUUGAAGUCAUUGAUCCAGGAGCAGUUAUGUAGAUGCAGGAGUUUUUACAAAUACUUAAUGUUAUAAGCCACUGUGUGCCGUGACACACUGACACGGUGAUCCUAGGCUAGUGCUCAGUUCAUAAAGGUUAUUAAAGAAUCCAGUUUCCUUAAUUGCUUCACAGUCAGUGGUGAUGGUAGGAGCAUAUUCAGAUUGGGAGAGUUCCAACAUGGAGCAAUAAGUGAUGGAGAGAUCUGUAAUGGCAUUCCAAUGUGGGACCAGUAUUGUAGCCCUUAACCAACAGAGUCCAGUAAACAGAUUUGCCAGUGCCAUUUAGCUUUACAAGGGCAGGCCUAUCUCAAAAUUAUUUAAAGGAACACUCCAGUGUAACAAUUCAAUUUUAUAUGUAUAUAGAUGGUCCAUACAUUGUUAAACUGGUAAAUUAAUAAGGAGAUCUGCACACCAGUCAAGCCAUAAGACUUUCUCUUCCCACAGAAAUCUCAAAUUUGCAGUGAUGUUACUACUGCAAAGGAUUCUGGCUGGGCAUAUGCAAUUGAGUUUAAUAAAGAAUUACAUUUUUGCCUCAUGUUGCAUAUGCCCACCCAGAAUCCUUUGCAGUAGUAACAUUACUUACCUCUGAUCUAACGACGACAGGGUCUCCUUGCUGAACUAGUAAUGACACCGCACCCAAUCCAGUGCUUCUCACAGAGAAGUAUUGGGAUGCAGGGCAUUGAAUCCAGUGCUUCUCAAUGAGCUACCUGACAUUUGUUUUGCGUAUGUAGAAGAACACUCCCCCAACUAUCUGAUUAAUGGGCAGCCGAGAGCAACUGACAUGUUUUGUGUCGUGCCAUUUUUUUUACCCUUACAAUGGCUGAUAUAUACAGUGACCUGAUUAGAAAAUGGUUCCCUACUCUGUCAGCAUUCUGUACUACAGAACUUGCAAGUAUCCCAUAUUCAAAAUAUGCAGGAUAUACUCUUCCUCAAACAUCUCAUUUUCACACUACUCGGAGACACAUCCACAUACAAUUAAACAAAAGUAUCGUUUUCUCAAACUCCAUCACUUUCAACCUGUGCCCUCUGCUUCUUCAGCUCAUAUGAUGCCUAAUUUAUGCUACAAUGUAUAUGUACGUAUACACAUGUACAAACACUCCACACUGGAAUAACACGUUUAGUCAGAAACUCUGACUGCUGCAAAAAGUUUGACUUGGGGUACUAGAUUUUGAUUCACUUUUGGUCCUUGUUAAAGAUCUGGAUGUGGCUUUGCCAAUCAGGAGGCUUUUGUUCUGUUCCGUGCAGUCUGAUGUUUUCCUAUAAGUUUUGCCUCACACCUUACUGACCAAUCCAUUCUUAUUGCCCUGUCUCAGGAAUGAUUUGGUCAGUAAUUGAUGGGAAUUUAUAUAUGGUACACAUGCCGUACAAAUAUUUGGGCAAGCAGAGGAUAUUAGACUCUGAAAUGGGCAAGCUUAUAGUUGCAGAUGUAUUCUAAAAAUAGCUUUAUAUGUAAACACCUGUUUGAAGGGACCAUAAGUUACGCAAGGAGCAUAAUUUAUGAUGCUAGGAAGGUCCCUUUAAGGGUAAAAACUAUUUCAUUUUUGAAUAAGUUACACUGUUGGCAACCAGAAAGUAUUUAGCAAAAUUUUCAAUGAGGUGUGUGCGUUGAUAAAAUCUUGGGAGUGGUGGUUACUGAUUGUAUAGAGAGAACUCCUGUCUUGUUGUUAAAGGACCACUAUAGUGCCAGGAAAACAUACUCGUUUUCCUGGCACUAUAGUGCCCUGAGGGUGCCCCCAUCCUCAGGGACCCCCUCCCGCCCGGCCCUGGAAAGGGGAAAGGGGUUUAAACUUACCUUUUUCCAGCGCUGGGCGGGGAGCUCUUUGCCUCCUCUCCUCCUCCAUUCCGCCCCAUCGGCUGAAUGCACACGCGCGGCAAGAGCUGCGCGCACAUUCAGCCGGUCGCAUAGGAAAGCAUUUACAAUGCUUUCCUAUGGACGCUGGCGUGCUCUCACUGUGAAAAUCGCAGUGAGAAGCACGCAAGCGUCUCUAGUGGCUGUCAAUGAGACAGCCACUAGAGGAUUAGGGGGAAGGCUUAACCCAUUAAUAAAUAUAGCAGUUUCUCUGAAACUUCUAUGUUUAUUAAAAAAUGGGUUAACCCUAGUUGGACCUGGCACCCAGACCACUUAAUUAAGCUGAAGUGGUCUGGGUGCCUAGAGUGGUCCUUUAAGGUAACCUAAAAAGAGUAAAGCUUUAAUGCUUUAUGAAGUUAUAUAUUUGAUGAAUAUGCAAUUCUAAACUAAUAGAUUUUUUCCUAUCCGACGUUGUCUGUUCUUUCUGUUAUAAUAUAUGCUGUGUGAAUGCACAUAUAUUUGUGACUAGGAAGUAUGUGAUGGUAGCAUGUAGGCUCUCUAAUUUUAAUGCUAAAUGUGGGAUAAGCUGUUUAUCCACAAUAGAGCGCAUAUUGGUUUAUUUCAUAAACAGACCGCUGUAAGCAGUACGCACUCUGAAGCAGCGUUUCCUAGACCGGAUGUGGAGUAGAUGGAUGAAGCAGUGGAAAUGUGAUCAUGUGAUUGUGGUGAGAGUUGAGUUUGACUGGUUAAUCUUAACUUUUUUUUUUUCCUCUCUCUUUGCAGUGACUAUUUAUUCAAGUUGCUUCUGAUUGGAGACUCUGGUGUGGGAAAGUCUUGCCUUCUGCUCAGGUUUGCAGUAAGUAUCCUUCUAACCUAUUUUUUUUUUUUUUGUAUGUGUUUAUGUAUUGCACCAACAAUGUGACAGAACAACUUUAACACUUAUAGAUCUAUCUGGUAUCUCCCUUUGUUUCAGAGCAGCAUGAAUUAGUGCUGAAAAAUAUAUAUAUAUUUUUUUGUACAUGCUAAUCAAUAUUAUACAGUACCCACACCUUUUUUCGGACAUAUAUUCACACUUCAAAAUACUCUGUAUCCCAGAUUUAUCCUGUUGAAUUGACAUCUGAUGUCUGUACAUGCAUUUGGAAUAAAACACACUAAUUAUUUUAUUGGAACCAUGUUGAGAUUAUUGCUGUAUGAUCAGGUGCACCCUGGGUUAAGUAUUUAUUGGAAAAUGUGUAGACUUUGGAUAUGAAGUCUUUUUUUUUUUUUUGUACAUUUUGGUAUUUAAAUGAAGGUAAUUUGGUAUUAAGAGGCUUAAUAAGUAAGAAGCUUUGUCCACAGCAUUACAUCAGCAGCCUAGCCAUUCAUACGAGGCAGAGUUGGUUUGUGUGGUUGUAAUUUUUAUUUAUUUAUUACACUACUAUCUAUCAAUAUCCACUGUACUUGGGUUUCUAUAGUAUAAGGAAUACAAAACUGUAAAAAGAAUUUUUAAAAAACACCCUUUAACACUUAUCCUAUUCCAGCGUCGUUCUCACUCAGUGCUGGGUCGGUUCUCCGAUGCCAUCUGAUAGAGGUGGAGGUUAAUGCGCAUGUGGAGUGAGUGCCACAAGCGCAUGUGGAGUGAGUGCCACAAGCGCAUGUGGAGUGAGUGCCACAAGCGCAUGUGGAGUGAGUGCCACAAGCGCAUGUGGAGUGAGUGCCACAAGCGCAUGUGGAGUGAGUGCCACAAGCGCAUGUGGAGUGAGUGCCACAAGCGCAUGUGGAGGAUGUUAACCUCUCCCCUUGGAAAAGCAUUUCUGCAAUACUUUCCUAUGGGAACUUAACUGACGCUGGAUGUCCUCAUGCAGAGAGUGAGGUCAUCCAACAUGAUUUACGUGACCAAAAGUCGCUUAAUUACCAGGGCUACUGGGGUCUGUCAGGCACCAUUUCCUGCCUCUUCUACCAAUGCCAGAAACGCAAACAUUCUGAAGCAUAACAUCCGUUUGCUUGCCUAAGAUAAACCCUGUAAUGUAAGUCUUUGCACAUUGGAUGAGAAUGAUCAGCUGACACUGUCAGCCAAUGACCUACUAAUGGAAGUUCCUGCUUAGGAACAUGCAUCUCUCUGGCAGACUCUAGGUAAAAAGUGAAACCAUUCUAAAACCGUUUGACUACUUUCAAUGUGGAGAACUGUAGUGGAUAUGGUGCUUGGGAUCUUUAAUCUUCGUAUUACAUUAUUCCAUGCCCAUGUAAAUGUACUUUGGGCAAAACAUGGCUUCGCUUUACAGUUGUUUUAUUCAACAACAGUUAAACAUUUUCAUGCCGACUAAAUUGGAAAGAUGGCAUUUCAAUCAGGGCCAGCGCCACCGUAAUUUAGGCAAACUAGUCAUUCACCUAGGGCACCGGCCUGCUUGGGGUGCCCACCAGGAUAUUUCCUGGUGAGUUACCCCUGUCUUGGGCCGCAGAGCUGGGUGAACGGCUCUUGAGUCGCACCCCCCAGCCCCGGGCCGUUCCUCCAGGUGCCCGAAAGUGGGGGUGCCCAGGGGAGCCCUUUCACAGGAGGGCACCCUUGAAGCUGUCCUUCAGUAUGGCAGAACUGAGAAAUGCCGGCGGAGAUGGGAACAGGAGGCAAGCGGCUGUAUUGUGGGUGGCGAAGGAGGCUGUUUUUGCAGCUACUCACUUCUCCCUUGCGCGGGCCUCUGUGAUGCCGUGAGCUGGAAAAUGGCGUCAUUGUGGCACCGGCCACUAAACAGCGCGUGGGAGGAGUGAGAAGAUGCCCCAUACUCGACCGCAGGGAGGCUGAAUUUGCCUCAAAAAUACAAUUGUGAGUCUGUGUGUUUAUCUGUGUGUCUGUCUGCCCGUGAGUGCGUCUGAGACCGAGUCUGGUCGUCUUAUGUAUUCAAUGCGUUUGGCGAAUUUAAUUUAUAAUUUACCACAGUAAUAAAUUAUGUAUUCAAAAUGUACAAUGUAUGUAUUAGGCAGUAUGUGUGUGUGUAUGGAUGCAUGUAUUGGGCAGUGUGUGUGUGUAUGGAUGCAUGUAUUGGGCAGUAUGUGUGUGUGUAUGGAUGCAUGUAUUGGGCAGUAUGUGUGUGUGUAUGGAUGCAUGUAUUGGGCAAUAUGUGUGUGUGUAUGGAUGCAUGUAUUGGGCAGUAUGUGUGUGUGUGUAUGGAUGCAUGUAUUGGGCAGUAUGUGUGUGUGUACGGAUGCAUGUAUUGGGCAGUAUGUGUGUGUGUACGGAUGCAUGUAUUGGGCAGUAUGUGUGUGUGUGGUGGGCAGUGUGUGUGUGUGUAUGGAUGCAUGUAUUGGGCAGUGUGUGUGUGUGUAUGGAUGCAUGUAUUGGGCAGUGUGUGUGUGUGUGUAUGGAUGCAAUGUAUUGGGCUGUGUGUGUGUGUAUGGAUGCAUGUAUUGGGCAGUGUGUGUGUGUGUGUGUGUGUGUGUAGAUGCAUGUAUUGGGCAGUGUGUGUGUAUGUAUUGGGCAGUGUGUGGAUGCGUGUAUUGGGCAGUGUGUGUGUAUUAGGCAGACCUAACUGAAAACCAUAUGGCAAAAUUUAGGCCAAAAUGACUGAUCUAGAAGAAUUCUCCAGUUCAGCUGUUUUUGCUUAGACUUUGCAAUUUGGUUUUCAGCUCACUGCAAUUCAGAGUUUAGUGAAUAAACCUCUGUGACAUUGUAUUUGCUUUCAUGAGGGGGCAGCAAAAUGGAUCUUUGCCAAGGGCGGCAGAAAUCCUUGCACCGGCCCUGGGUUCAGUGACACUGUCAGGUUUCCCUUGCAGUGUUCUUCAGUUUUAUAAUAUAGCACUUUAUGCUAAUGCAUGCAUUGGGAUCUGAAUGUGCCAAUUCCCAGGUAUGUAUGGAACGGUGUUAAAGCUUAAGCAGAGCUAUAUUCACACAGGGUACUGUGAAAAAUUAUUUGGGUCUAUUUAUUUGCUCGUACAGAGUGUUUGCUAAGAAGCUCUGGGACUUGAUUCACUAAUGUGUAAUUUGUCUGGAAUUCAAAGUAAAUCUAAUUGUGUGUUUAUUUUUUUUAUUUUUAUUCCCCCAAUUUAGUUUCUAAUUCACUUUUCCAUUUGUUAAACCCAUUUUGUAGACUAGAUUUAGACAAAUUCCUUUCCUAGGUAGAAUUGACAUUUGUCUUGAAGAGGUUAAUGUUUGCAUCCAAGUGAUGUAUAUGGUUAUUUUUGUAAACACAAUCCGAGAAGGAGUAAUGUUUCCACGAAUGGGAAGGUAACCUAGAUCCUAUUAUGUUCUCUAGAUCAGGUGCCAGUUCAGCUAUGAAUAAUUUAAUAGGCAGAGCGAAAAUACAAUGAGCAACGUAUUAUAGCCACUAGUUCACCUUUUAACAAAUUAUGUUUUGGAGUUUAUAGUGUUUAGGGACAAAUUUAAGAACAGAUGACAAAAUAUUUCCAUAUCUAUUUAGCUGGCUGUACCCAUCUGCUCACUGGAACAACGUUUUUCUGAUUACCAAGAUUUUUGAUUAUUAUUUUUUUUUCUUUAAAUGCAUGUUUUACAGUGUUUCUUGGUAUUGUUUUACACUGGCUAUAUCCUUGUCUUCUUGCUUCAUUGUGAAGUGAAGUUUAAAUGUGGGAGAUCUGUUCAGUAAAGGGAGGAACCAUUGAGUAGCAUUUUAAUAUUUCAAAAGAGACUCUGAUGUAUUUGCUUUCAGCCUAUGUUAGUACCAGCUGUAGUUCUUUCAGACAGACUGAUCAGGUCCUACUUGGGAAUCUCUGUUCAAGUAGUUUCUAAGUCCAUCUUUUUGCUCCAGCACACCAUAUCAAACUCCCUGGGGUCCUUUUGGCCAGGGGGGAGGAGGGGAGGCAUGUGCUGACUGAGACUACAAUCGCUUAAUCAUGCUUUCUGAUAGGCAAUGAUCAUACUUGGACAGCUGUCUGUCUCAGACUAGCAUCGGACAAUGACCACUACGAAGCCAUACAGUAUACCAGCACUGAUGCACAGCUUUGGGUUGGAAAGCAAAUGGAGUGUGGUUUGUGAGAAUACAUUGGUUGCCUGCGUAGUGUAUGUGUAUUCUUUUUUUUUUUCCUGAAUGGUGUGCUGUGUUCAUCUCCAUGUCCUGAGGGUGCUCCAUUUCCUUGCCUGCAUCAUGGUGUGGGGGGUAAAGUGUAUAAACCCUCUGAAUGUUUGUGGGAACAUUUGCCAGUAAUAAAAAAAAAAAAAAAAAACAGCAUGCCAAUAGGUGUAAUUAUUAUUUUUCCCCCUCUAUAAAUGGAGUUUUAAAACCUCUUAUUUUCUGCUAUAUGAAUCUAGUUAAGCAUUUUCUUUACUUUUCCCCUCCUCCAAUACUGAAGUAUUUACAUGGAGCACUGUCCCCCCCCUCCCCCCCCCCAGUUGUUAUUGAUUUCCUGUUGCAUAAUUAGCAAUGGAAAUUGGAUCAAAGUUUUGUUAGUCUUAGUGAGAGCAUUUGGAGGUUGUUUAACCAGAUGUUUGGUCCUUAAGGGGUUAAACAACAUUGAUGCAGAAAAGUCUACCCCCACCUCCAAACAAAAGAAAUAAAAAAACAAAAACAAACUACAGAUGCAUCCAAAUUCACUCACAAGGUGUAGAAGAAAGCAGGCAUAUCAGGGAGUCUGAUGGUUUUAGGGGGGCCAAGGACUCCCUCAUACAAUAUUCAAGGGAAACGUCUGAAAAGUUUUUUUGUUUUUUUUUGUGCAUUUUAAUCUUUAAAAAAAAAAAAAUAUAUAUAUAUAUAUAUAUUACGGCAUCAAAAAUGAAAACAAAGUAACUAUAUAGGUCCUGCGUGCUUCGUCCGCUCACCAUAAAGACUUUGAGAUCAAUAAAGUAGUAAAACAAUAAAUUUAACUUAAAUAAAAAAAUCUAAUAUGCUUUCUUCUUCAUCUUGUGAGAGCAUUUGGUUGCAUCUGUGGUUUAUCUAGAGAAUUUGUGUUGUAUAUGUAUGCAUACGUCCUAUGUUCCAGGCACCAUUAUGCUUACAUGGGCUAGUGUGGGAUUUAAUGCACAAUGUUGACACCUGGUGGAUGAACCUGCAUUGCUGGAAUAAACUUUCAGAUUUAAAAUAAUGGUAUUUGAGAAAACAGAAUAACUCAAGUUUUCAUUAACAAUAGAAUGUAUAGUGGAACAUUCUAUUGACUUGACAGUCUCAUUUACAAUUUUCCUCAUUGUACAUUAUAGGUUUACUGUAUUUAAAAAAAAAAAAAAAAUAAAUAACACUGAGCUAGUUUUUGGCCAUUUCCCAGAAUUGGCAACUUUUGCAGUGAUUUCUGCAAAGAAUAGAAAGUGGUUGAUUUCCUCCUUGCCUAUAAUAGUACUCACAGCAGGAGUUAUAUGAUAUAGAGUCUACAGUAAUGGCAAAUAUUGCUGUACAGACCUAUGCUGCAUGGAGUUUCUGGCUGCCUCUCAUUUAUGAAAGAAAUUAAAAAAAAAAAAAAAAUGAAAGCUAUACUCUUACAGGUAAUUGGAAGCGGACUCUAAGACUCUAAAUACAGCAAAUUAAGUAUUGACAGAGUCAAAAAUACACUAAAUUGAAAUGACCGUAAACAUAUUGCAUAAAUCAAUUUAUACAAGAAUUGUUUUGAUAUUUUAUUCCUUCUCGAGUACCUGAUAAAGAUGUUUCUUUCCCUUUUCUGUUCCUUUUUGUAGGAUGACACAUACACGGAAAGUUACAUCAGUACAAUUGGUGUGGAUUUUAAAAUCAGGACUAUAGAAUUAGAUGGAAAAACAAUUAAACUUCAAAUAGUAAGUAAAUGCUGUAGAAUUGAUGUUCAUAAUGUUGUGGCAAUGAGCUCCUUUGCAGCACUGCUCUAUUUUGGUUAUUGCUAUUUUGAUAUGUGUGUGCUGUACAUAACAUUUAGGAAAUAUUUACGGAGAAAGUAUGUAUCCUGGUUGUCUUUGGUGACUAGAGAAACCAUGUAGAAAUAUAGAAUUGUAUUUAUCAUUCUGUACAGAUAUACAUAAUAGUAUAGAAUAUGGUAAAACAUGUAGCCUAGAGAGACUCUAAAAGAGGUUGAUAUCUGUCCUUGAAGUGCUGAAAUACUGCAGAAGACCUAGGGUUUUUGCAAAUGCAGUGUAUUCAUGCCAUUAAAGGAACACUCUUAAUGUUUUUUAAAUACAAGAAUGUGUUUGAAACAUUAUUAAAGUGUUUCCCUGCCUUUUCGUCUUUUUCCAGAUACUUUAAAAUAUAAAUAAAUGCAGUUUCAAGUCACAUUGUAAUGCAAAAAUUAAUCACAUAUCCUUAGUCUACAUAAUAAAAACUGACUUAAAAAUAAAUACAUUUUUAAAAAUGCCCACAUACCACUAGGGGGCAGUAAAGGUUUUAGCAGUAGGAAUAUCUGUCCUGGCUUUAAAAUUGGCAUAAUGUUUAUAUAGCAAUAUUUUUAGUAAGAAUAAAGGAUAUAACCUCUAUAUACACACAUAACUGUCACAUUUCUUAAACUUUUUUUUUUUUUUUCAGUGGGAUACAGCAGGCCAGGAAAGAUUCCGAACCAUAACAUCCAGUUACUACAGAGGAGCCCACGGCAUCAUAGUUGUGUAUGAUGUUACAGACCAGGUAAUGUUUCUUUAGUUUUAAAUCCACCUAAUUAUGCAGUUUGAGACAGUGGGGUGCCCAGAGAGUUUUACUACCAUAGCAUAACUCAUUACUAUGACUGCAGAUGUCUGUGAUAUAAAGUUGGCGUGGAGAAGAGGAAGGAAAAUCAGAGAAAAUGUUUCAGUAGGACCUGCAGUUCUUAAUGAAAACUUGACCCACAUCUGUGGGCAAAGCAGGACAUAUUUUAUUAUUGUAGGAAUAUUGGACCUUAGCUAUUGUUUCUUUGAAAGAAUAGAUUGAUUCAUUAUGUUAAAAUAAAUUUGUUAUGCUUUUCUAGGAAUCCUUCAACAAUGUAAAGCAGUGGCUUCAGGAGAUAGACCGUUAUGCAAGUGAAAAUGUUAACAAAUUGUUGGUAGGAAACAAAUGUGAUUUGACUACAAAGAAAGUAGUGGAUUACACAACAGCAAAGGUGAGUUGGGAUAUCGGAACUCUAUUUUGAUAUGUUACUGAAAUUCACUAGUUUCUGUAAGGGGUUGGGAGCAUUUGGGGUAACAACUGUUUAACAAUAUGGAUUAUUAUUCACCCCAGUAGACACUGUUGUAUUCUUGACUGGAUAUGCAGCCUCAAAGUAUUGACACGGUAUUAGAACUUUCAUCUAUUCAUCAUAUUUCUAGCAUAUGCAUCCAUUUAUAUUAUUCGAGAGGCAUGUUCUUACAGUAUCAUGGAACAUUAGAAUUUCAUUCUAAAAUAAGAAGCAGGUAUCAUUAAUAUUAAAUGCAUGCUGCAGUGCCACAUAGUGUUUAAAACCAGACCGGAUACUAUUAUAUUUUUCUGUAGACCUGGAGUUGUAUUAUUUUUUUCAAUUUAAUGGAUCAGGUUUUUUUUUUUUCUGUCUGGGUAUGAUCGGCAAAAUGCAUGCAUUAGGAGCAGUUUUUGCCAACUAAGAUGCAAAACUGUUUUCAGUGUAGCACAGUGAAUAGCUGUUGGUUAGCUUUUAGAAUAUACCCUCCCUAAAAAUGUGACCAUCCAUCAUUAGCUUAGUGUUAUGAGGCAUCACAAAUAUGCCACUACUGGGUAAUUCUUUCAUGCAAUAGCAUAGCUUUCAAACCCUGGAAGUCUGUACCGCCUAUUGAAGCUAGAGAUACCAUAUUUGAUAUAUUUCAUCCGUACAAUCCCAACGAUGCUCUGUUAUAAAGGAACACUCUAGCGCCAAAGCAACUUUAUUUUUAUUUUAUUUUUUUGUAGAUUAUGCCCCUGUAUUUUUGCUGUUCCAUUCUCUGCCAUUUAGAGGUUAGGUCACUAUGUUCAAAGGACACUAUAGUCACCACUCGACUUUAGGUCAGUGAAGCAAGUUUGGUGUAUAUAUCAUACCUCUGAAGUCUUACUGCUCAAUUCACUGCCAUUUAGGAGUUAAAUCACUUUUGUUUCUGUUUACGCAGCCCUGGCCACAUCUCCCCUGGCUGUGACUCAUACAGCCUGCAUGAACACAAAAUGGUUUCAUUUUUAAUCAGAUGUAACUUACUUUAAAAGUUUUUAUCUCCCGCUCUGUAAAUUGAACUUGAAUUACAUUCAGGAGGCUCCUGCAGGGUCUAGCAAGUUAUUAACAGAACAGGAGAUAAAUUCUAAAUUCAAGUGCAUUUUCAAUAAAGGUAGUGUAAACAUUAGAUGACUCUUUACAGGAAGUGUUUAGGGAGGCUGUGUAAGUCACAUGCAGGGGAGGUGUGCCUAGGGCUGCAUAACCAAAGUGAUUUAGCUCCUAAAUGGGAGAGAACUGAACAGUGAGACUGCAUGGGGCAUAAUCUACACACCAAAACUGUUUAAUUGAGCUAAAGUUGUUUUGGUGACUAUAGAAUCCCUUUCAUGCAGUCCCCAAUCCUAGCCACAGUACUUCUGGCUGAGAGUCAUGCAGCCUCACUAUACACUUCCUAUAAAAUAAAUAAUAUAUAUUUUUUUUUUUUAGAUUUUCUUAUUGCACAGUGCAUUUAAUUUAGACAUUCUAUUCUUCUGCUCUGUAAACUGCCUGCUAGAGCCUGCAACAGCAUCUGUGUUUAAAGUUACGUAAAGAGAUCAGGAGAUUUUUUUUUUUUUAAGUACACACCCUGACCUGUUUCUGAUAGAAAAUGAAAGCAUUUUUUCCAUGCAGACUGUCAGUCACAGCUAGAGAAGGUGUGGCCAGGGCUGAAGAAACCGAAAUAAGUGAUUUAGCUCUAAAUGGCCAAAAAUAAGCCAUGAGACUGCAGGGGCAGCAAAAUUGUUUCGUUGUGAUAGUCGUUCAUCUAAAGAGUAUCUGUUUAAGUGCACACAUAAGCCUCUCAUUAAUUUUAGUGAAGAAAUAGUUACACAUGAAGGUGAGCACCUUUUUAAGGGCAGAAUUGAACAACUUCAACAAUAAAAAUAUAUAUUUUUUAAUAGUUUUCUGUAGGCUUGCAUGAAGUUUAUAAAAUGGUUUAUGAUUUAAUAAUUGUAUUAAAUAGUUUAUGAUCACAAAAACACAUACAAAAGAGUGUAGUAAUGUAUUUUGUUACACAUUAGCCUUCACUGGUGCUUUGCUUCUAUAGCAGAUUUUAUCAACCUACAUUCAUAAUAUAAAACUGUAGUAGGACUAUUUAAAUGAACACUUGAAUAACGACACCAGUGCUAAUACAGUUCAAAGAGAGUAAAGCAGGGAACUCUAUAUAUCAGUUCUUGAAUACUUGAUAGGAAACUUUUACUAGGGGUACCUGCUUGGAAUAUUCUUUUAUAAUGUGGUACUUGGAAAAUUGUUGAUCUAUUCUGGAGGGUUGGUGAGCUUCAUUAUGUUUACCUAAAAAUAUAUAGGCCUCUAAAGUUCAUGCAGGAAGAAAAAUAGAGGGCAUUCUGUAAACAUCUCCUAUGGGUGAGAAGGACUAUAAAAAUGUGCACAGUCACUAGCUUUUUAUAUUACAGGAGUGUGUGGAUAGCAAGCUAGUUUAAUUUACAUUCCCAUUUCCCUUGUCCAGGAAUUUGCAGACUCUCUCGGAAUUCCAUUUUUGGAAACCAGUGCAAAGAAUGCGACAAACGUAGAGCAGGCCUUCAUGACAAUGGCUGCUGAGAUCAAAAAGCGAAUGGGACCUGGAGCUACAGCUGGCGGCGCAGAGAAAUCCAACGUCAAAAUCCAGAGCACUCCAGUCAAGCAGUCCAGCGGAGGUUGCUGCUAAAACAGCCUGUCCAGCACCCACCCCAUUCCCUCACAGCAGAGAAAUCUCAAUCUGAACCUAAGUGACAAAAAAAUUGCCUGAAUUGUACUGUAUGUAGCCGCACUACAACAGAAUCUUACAGUCUCCCCAAAGGUCAGCGAUUGUAAAAACUCAAUACUGACUUUUUUUUUAUGCCCCUGACUCAAGACAGCUAACUUCAUUUUCAGAACUGUGUAAACCUCUUUCUCCCCAUGUGCUGAUUUUUCACCAUAAUGUGUGUAACCCUUGUUGCUUUACUAAUACCAGACUGUCUCCCCUGUGGUUGUUUAAGAUACCUAUUGCUCCCAUCCUCCCAUUUUUGAUGUUUGGCAUGUUAAGGUGUCAGGUUUAGUCUUCUGAAGAUGAAGUUCAGCCAUUUUGUAUCAAACAGCACAACAGUGUCUGUCUGUUUCCAUGCAUCAAUAAAGUUUAGUGAGAUGUUAUAUGUAAGAUCUGAUUUUGCUAGUUCUUUCUUGUAGAGUUAUAAAUGGAACGAUUACACUAUCUGAUUGGCUCUUUUGUCGCCAUAGGAGCCUCCGACGCACUUGCUUUGCAUUUAGUCGCAGGCUCCUCUGGCAAUGUAAGUCUCAAUAGUUUCUUCAUACUCUGCAUAUAAUUUGUGGCUGCAGAACAUUGUAAUUUGUUGCACAAAAUGUAACAAACAACUGAAGAAAUGUUUAAUAAAUAUUGUACUUAUUGGAAGUAAUAUCAACUGUAUGGUGAUAAGUAUUGUCUUAAUUUGUUUAGUAAUGGGGAAAUGAAGGUAUUUAGUAUUUCUGCCUGUUUCGGUUGAGACUGCACCCUGUACUUAAUUGACGUUUACAAUUGGUUAUUCAUACACCAAACUAACAAGUGCUUAACUAACCCAAUCAAAUGCAACCACUAUUGUUAAAGUGUCUAAUCUUUAAAGGAAAGUUAAAUUAGAUAAUUGUAAGUGACCGAAAUAUACAUUAGUUUAAAUGUACAGUGUUUGCCCUAUUUUAAUCCUAUGGGGAUUUGCAUUGUUUUUAUUUAGUAACGAUUCUGCAGAGGUGUUAAGCAGUGCAAGUAUGACGGUGACUCAUUUUGCCAUUUUAUUUAUGCUGUUUCAUCCUUUCAUUACUUUUAUUAAAGAACGCCAGCCCACCACUUUAUGCCAGUUCUAAACUAAAGUUAAGUGAUAUGCAUACAGAAUGAAGUGUGACAUAAAAGGUUAUAAAAGUGAGCUUGCAUCUGGGGGGAAUUUAAUCUUGUAUUUAAUAGUGGUUUCAACAGAUUGGAUUAUCAAACUCCUGUCUGAUGUAUAUAGCAUCUAAACCUUUAUGAAUGGCGUAUAAUACUGCUAACUUAUGCUACUUAUACAGGUUGAAAGUUGGAUACCCAUGUGUUUGUCUUAAUGCAAAUAAAAUAUGUUAACACUGAACGUGUAGUCAGCACUCAAUGACAAGUAGGCACAUCCACACUACUUCUCAUUGCAUAACAGUUAAUUUAGUGGUCUUUUUUUUUUAAUGUAAUAUUGCAUGUUUCAUAGACCUCUCCAUGGCUUUAAUUUAUCAAGCAGUGUUUUGUUUAACUUGCCAUGUAGUAGUGGGCCAUGUAUAUUUCAAUUUGUGUUUUUUUUUAGGGGGGUGGGGGGAGGGACUGGCCAUGUAUAAAAAUAUAAAGCAUCCAGGUUUCCUGGUCACUCGUGGGCGUGGUCUAAGCUUUUGAAAAGCCGGUUUAAAAGCCCCAUAACAGACCAGGGAUUUUAAGUCUAUCUACUUGCUAUCAAACAUGUAGUUUCUGAAACAAUUUUCUGCUGGUGAGACCUAAGACGAUGUCGUAGACUGAUCUACCUCUGCUUGGAUGAGGAGAUUCUGCAAUGUUUAAGACCCAAAGACUUGUUUUGAGAAUGUAUGUAGUUUGUGAAACCCAGACUGCCACGCCUGCCUAUAGAAGUAAUGUGAUUUUCCUAUUAAUGUUUCUGGAGUAAGUCUUGCCAACUUGAGACUUGUACCAUAAUUAUUUUACUUCCAGUUUGGGUAAGCACGCUAUUCUGUAAUUAACACUUCAUGUUCAUUCACACCCUAUAUGAAGACUUAAGGAGAUUAAAUUCAGUCCCCAAUAUGAAAGAAUUCUUUACAAUGCCAUUUUCAAGUCAAAUCCUGUUCAUAUAUUGGUAAGUAAAUUAUAAAGAUAAAUAUCAGCUCCGUGCUAUGGUGUUCCAGGGACUUGGUUACAGUGGAAGUUGUAACUUCUGGAUUUGUUCAUAAAUGUAACAUUUGCUCUUUAAAAUGUACAAAGCUCAAUCAAUUACUACAGGAUCCAUGUGGUGGGCUAGAACACCCGCUAACAAGUAAGACAGCCACAUGUGUACGGCCAGUUUGCACUUCUUUGGACUACUGUAAAUCAAGGGCUGUUCUUUAAUUUCUACUGGUAAUGGUUUGAUAUUCCGUGUACCUAAACCACUGGGCAUCAUGAAGAUUCCAGUUGGGAUUGGGAACCAAAUUUACAGUUCCUUCUCUGCGAUGCGACUUCCGCUCUGUACAGGGUUAACAAAUGAGAAUGGUCAGGGAUGUAAAUGAACUUAAAAUUUAAGGUCAAAUCAGCUGAACUGGAAAAUUGUCCAAGUUAGCUAUGCUUCCAGUUUAGCUACUUUAGCAUUACAUUUCAUUUUGUGACAAUUUUCACUUUAGUUGAAAUAACAUUGUGUUAGAGGUUUUUAGUCUGGUGUAUAAACCCAAGUGAUCUCUGGUUCUAUUGAGUAGUACACUAGAGUGAUUUACAGACCAGGUUUUAAUAAGCUUUUGCUCGAGGACAGAGCCAUCUAUUUAAUACCAAAAUUCUAAAACAUUGAGGAUCAGAGGUUUUAUUGCUCUCACAAUAUAAAUGGAAACGAUUGUAAAAUUAAGAUGUUUAUUAGCUGGAGCUCUUAUUAAACAAGCUUGAGUGACAAAGUUGCAAGAUGGUGCACACAAAAUAUAAACCAAUGUAGCAGACAUCUGACAAAUCACAAAUCAAUAGUGAUACAAAUCUGAACACAUAACAAGUUAUUAAAAUUUACUUUAUACAGAACAUGCUUAAAAUAACUUCUGAAUAGCUGUCUUAUCACCUAUCCUGACAUCUUCAAAUGCACUUUAAACAAAUCUCAGCCAUUCCAAACCAGUUUAAAACGUCUGCAGGUUCUUCAGUCUGCCAUGCGGAAUAUAGUCUUCAACUUUUCAACCUAAGGGGCAGAUGGAGGCAAAAUUAAACAAAUUUAUGGGCAUCCAGAAUUGCCAAUAUAUUCUGAAAUGUUUUAAAUAAUUACGUGCAAUUUCAGUCAUGCAGAACAAAACCUGCACUCUAAUUUUUCUGUCCCUAACUUCACCAUCUACCACUUGUAAUUGUGUGGGUGGUCUUGAAGUUCUGGUUACAACAUCUACCUAACAAUUUAGGAUGCAUCAAAAUUAAAGGUGUAAUGGUUAACCUCAGCAUCAUGUGAAAUUUAAUUCAGAAAAGGUGCCAUAACUGCACAAGUAUUUGUUCAUGGUUUUAAUGUGAUAUUUGUGAAUUUUUACUGUUUUUCUCUAAAUACUGGAUUGUAGUGAAAUCAAAUCCAAAUAACAAAAUAGCCAAAUUGUAAUUAGUGGAGAUAUUUUAAAAAAAAAUUUUGCUUUCCCAAAAUCGGACAAUUUUGUGUAAAUUAGGAAAUUUGAAUUACAACUAACAACCACCAUGAAGUUGAAUGGUGCACUUUUCCUUUAAUCACCAUAGAAUCGUGCAGGGUUUUUUGUGGGGUGUUUUUUUUUUUUUUUUUGGUACCUGGGCAAAAAUUUCUUUUGGAGUGCACACUUUUCACAAAUUGUAAUUUUUAUUUUGCUGGACUUUAUCAAUCUUUCUGACUCUACCUGUCCACUUGUAUUAUAGCAUACAUACUCAGACAGGAAAAAUAAAGCUUAUUGGAGAUCAUAUUGGAUCUUCAUAAGAUACAUACAUUCUCAUAUGCACCCAAAAAAGGCAUUGUUUGCCAUCAUUGUCUGUCCUCCUCUCUCCUUAGACUGUAAACAUGACUAGGGACUUCCUUGCAAUUGAAUGUGCUUGUAAAACCUCUGUGUUAUAUCUAUUGUUUCCUGUACUGUUUCAUCUAUGUAUACAAGAUGUCUAAUAAUAAAAAUGAUCAAAAAUUGUUUUUUUUUUUUUUAUCCCCUCUUCUUUCUAAUGACCUAUUUAAACUACCUAGUUUUAUGUUAAGCUGGAAUCUUGCAUAUUUAGUUAGUAAACUGAUUUCUAGAAUAAACUACUUUAGGCUGUUUUAAAGUAAAAUAUUGUGCCAUAGUAGCCAGGCCUGUGAUGAUACUGUCACUGCAUGCUUGGAUGGCCCAUCAUCCAUUUAGAGCCCUGUUCUUGAGUUUUCAUGCAUGUUGUGGCUGCCUAGCCAAGUUAAGAGUGCUUGACUCUUACACAAACUAUACUAAACAGUCUGCCCUUUCUUUAUUAUGGCUGCACCGGUAGUUGUGGGUCAGUUUCACAGCAUUAGAUCUAGCAUUUCUCUUUGCAAUGUUGGGCAAAAUUUGCCCCCUUAAGGGCCAUGCUACUUUCCAUUAAUUCUACCACACUAUCACUGUUUAAAUGCACUCACUUUAUUUUUUAUUAUUAAAGGCGAAAUAUGGAUUUAUUUUGAUACCCUAUAUGUAUACUUAACAUUAAAUUGGAAUAAAUUAGAUUUAAAAAAUAAAUAAAUUUAGUUUUACAUUUAAUCAUUUUAACACACACGUGCAAAAAAAACCCCCACUAACUUAAAAUAGACUCCCUAAUUAGUCCCGAUUGUUCAAAUGCCCACUAUAUCUAGGAUUUCAAUAACUUUUUAGAAGUUUAUUUCAAGGAUUGAAAGCUAAAAUUUAGCAAAUUUUGGAAUGCUGAGAUUUACCACAUUCACUUGGGAUCUCCCAGAUACUGGGGGCAAUUUAAAGGACCACUAUAGUGCCCUGAGGGUCCCCCUCCCGCUGGGCUCUGGGGAGAGGAAGGGGUUAAACACUUACCUUUCUCCAGCGCCAGGCGGGGAGCUUUCCUCCUCCUCCUCUCCUUCCUAGCGAUGUCGUCGGCUGAAUGCGCAUGUGCAGCAAGAGCCGCGCGUGCAUUCAUAAUGCUUUCCUAUGGACGCAGGCAUCUUCUCAGUUAUUUUCACAGUGAGAAGCACGCAAGCGCCUCUAGCGGCUGUCAAUGAGACAGCCACUAGAGGCUGGAUUAACC